AUGUGUCCUAAGACACAGAUUGAGAAAGAGAAAAUGGAUAGGAUCCGUUAUGCCUCAGCUAUUGGAUCUAUCAUGUAUGUGAUGCUAUGUACAAGACCAGAUGUAUCUUAUGCUUUAAGCAUAAAUAGUAGAUACCAAGCUAAUCCAAGUGAACGUCGCUGGACAGCAGUAAAGAACAUUCUUAAGUACUUGAGAAGGACUAAAGAUAUGUUUCUAGUCUUUGGAGAUGCUGAACUGGUAGUUCAAGGGUAUUCCGAUGCCAGCUUUCAAUCUAACAAAGAUGAUAGCAAAUCCCAAUCUAGUUAUAUUUUCAUACUUAAUGGUGGUGCUGUGAGUUGGAAAAGUUCCAAACAGGAAACUACAGUAGAUUCUACAACUGAAGUUGAGUACAUCUCUGCAUCUGAGGCAGCAAAAGAGGUUGUUUGGAUCAAAAAGUUUAUCACUGAACUUGGUGUGGUUCCUAGCAUUGUUGAUCCAGUAACUCUAUAUUGUGAUAACAAUGGAGCCAUAGCACAGGCUAAGGAGCCAUAG